AGAAGCAGGAAAUCGAUGGAAAAAAACAGCAGGUCUUUGAAGAAGGAGCUGCAGUGGUGUUUGAAGCCGCUGAAGAUGUUUAAAUGAACUCUUAUAGUCAGACUCAUGUAUAUAGAUUUCGAUUUUGUGGCCCCUAAUGAACGAUCGAAACCAUUUUACGUCUUGCGGUAAUUUGAAAUUUAGUCUUGUUAUCUGUUUAAAAUGGAACAUAUCAGAACGCCAAAGGUUGAACAGGUGAAGUUACUAGACAGGUUCAACAACAAGUCAACUUUGGGAACAUUGUACCUUACUGCAACUCAUCUUUUGUUUAUAGAUGGGAAUGCUUAUAGUCCACAAGAAAUAUGGAUUCUGCAUCACCAUAUUGCUACAGUAGAAAAAUUACCUUUAACCACUAAUGGUUGCCCACUGGUGAUUCAGUGCAGAAAUUUUCGGGUUGUUCACUUUGUUAUUCCAAAAGAGAGGGACUGCCACGACAUUUAUAGCUCUCUUCUGCAACUGCAUAGACCAGUUUCUUACAGUGAGUUGUAUGCCUUCUCAUAUAACCCUCCAAAGCAAAAUGACCUGCAGAGAGAAGAAGGCUGGCAGCUAAUUGACUUAGCUGCUGAGUUUGAGAGAAUGGGUGUGCCUUGUGAUCAGUGGCAACUUUCUGAUGUUAAUAGAGACUACAAGGUUUGUGAUACAUACCCCAGAGAUAUCUAUGUUCCAUCAACAGUAAGCAAGCCGAUAAUUGUUGGAAGUUCCAAGUUUCGAAGUAAAGGAAGAUUUCCAGUGUUGUCAUAUUUUUUUCAAGAGAAAAAGGCUGCAGUUUGUCGAUGUAGCCAGCCUUUAUCUGGUUUCAGUGCCAGGUGUUUAGAAGAUGAGCACAUGUUGCAGGCGAUAAGCAGAGCAAAUCCCAACAGCCGCUUUAUGUAUGUUAUGGAUACGAGGCCUAAGUUGAAUGCUCUUGCUAACAGAGCAGCAGGAAAGGGCUAUGAAAAUGAAGACAACUAUCUAAAUAUCCGAUUUCAGUUUGUUGGGAUUGAGAAUAUUCAUGUAAUGAGGUCCAGUCUUCAGAAGCUUCUUGAAGUUAUAGGUUCCAAGUCUUUGUCUGUAACAGAGUUUUUAACUGGUAUAGAAAAUUCAGGAUGGCUACGUCACAUUAAAGCAAUUCUGGAUGCUGCUAUCACUUUAUCAAAAGCUAUAACUGCUGAAGGGGCAAGUGUUUUGGUUCACUGUUCUGAUGGCUGGGACCGUACUGCACAAGUUUGCUCCUUAGGAUCACUCUUAAUGGACCCUUACUACAGAACAAUCAAAGGUUUUAUGGUUUUGAUUGAAAAAGACUGGAUUUCAUUUGGGCAUAAAUUUGCUGACAGGUGUGAUCAGUUGGAUGGGGACCCUAAGGAAGUGUCUCCUGUAUUUACCCAAUUUUUGGAGUGUGUCUGGCAUCUGUUAGAACAGUUCCCAAUGGCAUUUGAGUAUAAUGAAUGGUUUCUCAUUCAAAUUCAUGAGCAUGUUCACUCAUGCCAGUUUGGCAACUUUCUAGGUAACUGCCAAAGGGAACGAGAAGAGAUGAGGUUGAAAGAUAAGACAUACUCCUUGUGGCCUCAUCUUAUGAAUAACCAUCAGAACUAUCUAAACCCUCUUUAUCAACCCGGAUUUGCUGAAACACACCCAGUGCUUGAACCAAAUACAAUGCCAUUUAAUUUUAAGUUCUGGAGAAAUAUGUACCUUCAGUAUGAUAGAUCGAUGCACCCGAGGCAGGUUGUUUUAAACCACAUCAGCACAGUUAGAGGCAACAGCAGAGAUCUGGAGGAAAAAAUCAAAGUCUUAGAAGCAAAACUGCAGAAACAGGGAUCUGUCUGGAUCCAGAAUCUAGAUGAACCCACCAAACAGCCAGUUUUCCCAGUUCGGCCUAGUUCUCUGAUUCUUGAAGAGCCUCUGAACUGCAAAGAACAUGACCAGAAGGUGCCUACCAAUGACAGCAUCAGAACUGUAGAGGGCAGCAGCAGUGCAGAAAAUGUUUAUGAUGAAGUACCAUCAUCUUUGAUGAAACCUGAACCUACUAUGGUCAGCCUGGAGCUUGGAGUGGCUCGGAUGACCUGCUAGUUUACAUUAUCUAAAUAACAUGUUUACAAUUGUAUUUUAAAAAUGACUGUCAAAAUACUGGAAUUACAUUCUCUUGUUUAGACUGAGUUAAGUAAAUCUAGAAAGGCUGUCCCCCUUUUGCAUGAGUUUGGGAAGAGCUGAUUCAUUGUUAUUACUUUGUCAAUCUAUAAUAAACCAAUAGCAUGCCAUCUGUAGAUACUGUACCGUGAAUCAAAUUGUAUAUGUUGAAAGUUAUAUCUAUAAUUAGUAGUUUUAAAAAUCUGUUUUGUCCCAUGCUGUUUAAAAAGAUAAAGGGAAAAACAGAUUUUGUCAACAAUAGUGACCUUACAUUGUCAUAUUUUGGCAUAAGCCUUGAUGUUUCAAGUAACUUUUGCAUUAAUGAUUAAUUUGCACUAGGGAAUGAUUAGCAGAAGAGAAUAAAGAAACUGAAACCUCAUAAACACGAGGAUGUGUAUACAUCCAUAGAUGUUCUUUAAAGCAGGUGUAUGUACUGUAUAGAUCUCUUUAAUACAGUGUAGCUUAGGGCUAAAGGGAAAACUUUCUAGCCAUAAACCUAUUUUAAAAUUUGCAGGUAAAAACAUACACAUACAUAUGUGUGGGCUUAUUUGAAAAUACUGUGUUUUAUAAUAUAUACAGAUAAUCAACCGCAAAUUUAUUUUUUUACUUUUUUUUUUAAUCAAGGGUACUUUAAUAUUUGGAAGCAUGUGCCUCUAACAUAAAAUCCUGUGGGAAUUUCUUUUAAGAAAACAACAUUGAUAAUAUUUUUUUGUUAAUCCUAGUUCUGUUUUAGUAUGUGUAUUAUUUAUGGUGCUUUUAUGCAGAUAAGUGUUUUUUUUAUUCUAAAUACUGUACUUUUAAUUCUAUUGGGACUGUAUUUUUGUAUUCUGUUCUUUACUUGCUGUCCCACUCUUGUUCUUUAAAGCUUAUUUGGUUGUGAGAUGCAGUUUAGAUGGCCUUUUUUCAUUUUUGCCUUUUUUUGGGUGUCUCUUUGUGUUUUAUGCUACACUUGCCUUUGUUAUAUUUGUGAGAAUUCAGACUUGGCAAAGACUACCUUUCAAAAGAGAAUUAAGAGAAUCUUAAAUGUGCAUUCAUCUGUUCCAUUGGAUCUUCAGAAGUAAUUGAUGGGUAGUGAAUAAUACGUUAUUUUAAAUGUCAAGCUUUUCAUUAUAGGUCAUGAUAUAUGAAAAGGCUUAAUAAUUCUCAGUAUGGUUUACAGUUGUUUUCUCUUUUAUUUAAAUAUUUAUUUAAAUAUUCAGUAAUACUUAUUCAAGAUGCAAACAUUUUCCAAAAUGCAAAUUUUUCCUGAGAAUAAAACAUGUUACCCUAA